AUGGGUGUUCUCCCGCGCAAGGCCCCGGUUGAAAGGAGUCCUGGGUACUGGAUGGAUAUGAUCAAUAAACCAUCACAGCCAGUGAAGCCAAAGUUUGAAGAGUCUACCGAGCGUACUCUGGAAGUCACAAAACGAAGUUUUAUCAAAUUCGUACAGCGUCUGGAACCGGCCGACCCGCGUUACUGGCUUGAGAAUUUGACCAUGAAUGUUAUCGAAUGCUUUCUACGCUGGUAUCUCGAAAACCAUAAUGUUCGAUCUCUGCCAGGCUUUCAAGUCAAAGUUCGAUACUGGCGAAUGUACUAUUGUUCUGAGCUGAAUCAUGGCUCGUUUCCAUAUGAUCUGAAGCGUCAAACCAAGAGUAAUUUGAUCUUAUUCAAAUUGCAACCAUGUGUCAAUGCGGAUGAUCUACUCUAUCACCUGCAUUUCUCUCUUGCCAUUUCGAAGAUCUUCUACGUCACGAACCGACAGAGAAGCCAGCAUGCAAUACUGCGAAAGAUGAUGACUGCUACCAGUGCACGUCCUGGCACUCUUGUUUGCAACACUGGUUACUGUAGAAAGGAAAAGGAUGCACUUUGCUGGGGAGACAUUGAGCUCUUCAUGGUUAUGGAUCCUGACCGCUCUACCUGCAGGGUCCUUCUCAUGCAUGUAAAGCACCGACUCAACAAGGGCAAGAGGAACAGGGGCCGAGCUCCAAGGUACACCUAUAUUGAACGAAAUGACAAUCUAGGACUUUGUGUGAUCCAAGACAUCCUAGAGUAUGGCCUGGAGGAUGAAGUCUUCGCCAGCGAAUAUAUCCAAGAGCCCCGAGAUAUCUGGCGCUACACCGAGAUACCAGCUCACCGGAAGAGUGUCCCCAUCCAUAUCAAAGAGGAGAAAAAGUCCAUACCAAUAUUUCGACGUGCGGCUCGAGACAAAAAAGGAAACUGGACCACGCAUCCUGCGGAGCCCCUCACAUACGCACAACUUGCAGAAGAUCAUCAUCGAGAGUGUAGAGCUGCAGGCGCUAAAAAUACAGGCUCCCUGUACUUAUGGAGGAAAGGAGCCGCCGCUGCAUUUAUUGACUUGACUCCAGAGCUACGUACUCAGGUCAUGGGCCAGUCUAGAAGCAGCAUUUUCAUGGCAUACCUCAAUGAGUUGGUGAACUGUGACACCCAGUCUGUUUUUUUGGGAACCCCAACCAGAGAUGCCCUAAUUGCGCUUUCUACCAACUCCAGCCUCACUCGUGAUCCAUCCGCGCCACAAGGCCUGACUCGCGAACAACUACAGCGUGUCGAGGAUGAUCCAGAGCUGAUGAAGUUAGAGAAUACUCGUGUGGCCUUUCGGGAGGAUCUGAUUUCAGAGUAUGGCAAGAUCAGCAAGGUAACAGACCCGGCCAAACGUGACAGAUAUCGACAACUUGGCAAUCAGGUUCGAGCUGAACGCAAGAAGCUCCAGAAUCAGAUUGAUAAAGAGGCAUACAAACAAUAUUUUGACAAUGUGGCUCUGGCCGCCCUUGAGUUUAAGAACCGAGAUGUCAGCAUCGUUCCUGAUGAGGAGCUUGUGGAAGAUGGCAUCCUGUCUCUCGAGCUUCGUCUCGCUCUGAACCACCUCACCGUGCCCAGGCAUCUGGCCCAGAGAGUUAAACCAGAGGUCACAGCCCAAGAUACUUUGUCUAGCUUCCCAACUCAGAGUCCUACUGGUUUAGAGUGCCCUGAGUGCCUGGGUGAUGAGACAAAGUAUCCCGGAGCACGGUGGUUCAGCUAUUGCAACACGUAUGUCCUGCGAGACCACCUGGAGGUGCAGCAUGUGAAAUGGAUGGACUUUUCCAAACCGGUCCCCUGCGGCUAUCCACAUUGCGUGGCGUUUUUGGCUACUCCAAUGCAGUAUUACCACCAUGUUACGACGGUACAUGGAACUAAACUCCCAAAAGGUGGAUGGGCACCUAAAUGUAAAGCCCAGUUGGCCUUCGAUGCCUCUUUGUUCAGAUGA